UUCCUUCCUUCUUUCUUUCUUUCCUUCUUUCCUUCCUUCUUUCCUUCCUUCCUUCCUUAUUGUAGUCCCUCUAAUGAGAAGAAGUGAGUUAUGUGUUGGUCAGUUCGUUUUGUACAUGGUACACCAAUUUCCCAAUAAUAUUUUAAGUGGUGUGUGUGUGUGUGUUCAUCCAUGAAUAGUUGUGUAAGACAGACACAAACACAUAAGCAGCCUGACUGUAGAUCCAUUGAAAGGACUGUGUCUUAUUUAUUACUCUCUCCCUACUGUCUAUCAUAGUGACUCCACUAUGUAGAACAAAGAAUGAGCUAUUACUUACUUCCACAGAAGUGUUUGAUUGAAGUCAUAUACUUUCUCCAUAUGAUAGUCAGUGUUCAGACAAAGCAAGUUGUGCUGCUCUCACCAGAAUGGAUGAGGCAUCAGUGCAUGAUUGCAGUGCACUAAGACCUAUCUGUACACUGACACAGUCACUCUGAGAAACCAUGUGACCAGGUGGUAACUGCUAUGCUCAGUACUUCUAAAUUCCUGACAUUUCCCAAUACUCUUCAUUCCCAGAAGAGAGAAAAUGAGCAUGAGGAGGGGGAACCAGAGCCAUGUGUCUGAAUUCCUCCUCCUGGGGCUCCCCAUCCAGACAGAGAAGCAGGGCUUCUUUGCCCUGUUCCUGGGCAUGUACCUGACCACAGUGCUGGGCAACCUGCUCAUCAUCCUGCUCAUCAGGCUGGAUCCUCGCCUCCACACCCCCAUGUACUUCUUCCUCAGACACUUGGCCCUCACAGGCAUCUCCUUUUCAACUGUCACUGUCCCUAAGAUGCUGAUGAACAUGCAAACCCAGAACCCGCCCAUCACCUAUCCAGUGUGCCCUUCACAGGUGUAUUUUUAUAUGAUUUUUGGUUGUGUUGAUAAUCUCCUCCUCAUGGUGAUGACCUAUGACAGGUAUAUAGCCAUCUAUCACCCUCUCCACUACACCUCUGUCAUGAGAGGAGGACUCUGUGUUCUGCUGGUGAGUGGCUCCUGGAUUCUCUCCUGUUCCAGUGCCCUUCCUAACACCCUCCUGCUGGGCCAGGCAUCCUUCUGUGCUGACAGCAUCAUUCCCCACUUUUCCUGUAGCCUCCCCAAACUACUCGAGCUGUCCUGCUCAGACACCUCUCUCAAUGAGCUGGUCAUAUUCACUGAAGAGUCUGCAGUUGUCAUUUUUCCAUUGAGUGGCAUCCUGGUCUCUUAUGGCCACAUUGGUCUUUCCAUCCUGAGGGUCCCCUCUACUAAAAGGAUCUGCAAAGCCUUGUCCACCUGUGGCUCCCACCUCUCUGUGGUUUCUCUGUUCUAUGGGACAAUGAUGGCAGUGUACUUUUCCUCCUCAUCAGGCCAGUCCCAUAACAAAGACAUCAUUGCUUCCAUGAUGUACACAGUGGUCAUCCCCAUGCUGAACCCUUUCAUCUACAGCCUGAGAAACAGAGACAUGAAAUUGGCACUGGGGAUUCUUUUCAGAAACAGUAACCUUUUGGACAAGUGAGAAUCACCUAAACAUGUUCUCCUUUCACUCACUGACAUUUUCAGUAAUUGCCUUAAAAAUUUUGUGUUGAUCACCCAUUUCUCUAGCACUUUCCUAAGUAUCCCUUAAUUGGUCAUUGUUAUUAGCUCAAUAUCAUUCCCUUUAGUCAUAUCUCUUGUCCAUUUAUUCCUUCAUACCCCUAAAUGUGACAUUACCCACAACAUGCAUUCAACUUGUGGUCUUCAAAACAUCAAUUUUUUGUAUGCAUGUGUUUGUUUUAAUUUUGUUUUUUU